GAGGUACGCUUAAAUUUCUGAAAAAUUAUUUGGGGUACUCCGUCCCCCUGCGUCCCCCCUCCCAAAUCGAAGACUGAUGUGGACAUUCUAAACUCCGAAAUCCGAACCUCCUUGAAUACGUACGUUUGACACAUUCGUUCAUCCGCAGUGUUCAACGACAGUCACAGUUGCAGUGAUUUAGCCAAACGAACGCGUACAAAACAAUAAUAUUAUUUUGUAAGGUUAUGGUCAAACCUGAAACCAUACGGUAUUUUAGUAAUUUAUUAAAGCUUAAAAAAUUAAUCUGUGCGAUCAACGGGUGUUAUUGGCGAUAAAAAAGUAACAAUCAAUACUUAAUAUAUAUUAUAAGUAACUAGUGAUUAUAACUAGGACCUAGUACUUUGGUGUGCUUCAAUUUCGUUUGUGAUUAAAAUAACGCUAUACGUGUUUGACCAAAAAUGUUGAGUCUGGACGAAAGCGAGAAAGAUUCGUCUCCCCCCCGGAUCUACUGUCCGAUCGACCAGAUGAAGGAUAUACGUGCUGGGAAGGAACGCGAAGUGGGUUCGAAAGCGACAUGGUCUGUAUCUUCAUGGAUACCCGGUCAUGGCGUGCGCCUGUUAUCAGGUAACAAUAAAAAUACAUACUGGAAAUCGUGUGGCACAUUUCCACAUUUAGUUAAUAUUCAGUUUAGAAAUGAAACUGUUAUUAGUCAUGUAUAUAUAUAUGUUGACUAUGCACUUGAUAAAUGCUAUACACCAAGUAUCAUAUCAAUUCGCACAGGUAGCAAUUUUGAUGACUUGGAAGAAUAUAAAUUAAUUGAAUUAGUAAGACGACGUUAUUGGAUAAAAAUAAGGAUUCCGGAUCCGUUGAAAAUCAAUUUAUUACAAAUUGCCGUUUUAAAAACUAAUGAUGAUUGUGAUGACUGUAUUAUUAGAUUAAUUAAAAUACAUUCACCUACUCCAAAAUUCUAUAGAACUUAUAACAUUUUAAAACUGUGGAGAUGAGACAAUAUACAACUAUAAAAUAAAGGUUUUUUUGUCUAUAAGGUAUAACUAUUCAA